AUGUCAGGUUACAUCAAGAACGUUGUUUCCAAAACUGCACCACACGUGGGCCAGAUUAACCCAACUACCGUCAAGAAGUGGACCCCAAUCCUGGGACUUUGGGGAGGUGCUGCCCUCUUUGGUGUUUUCACCUUCACAGAGCACUGGCCUUUGUUCCAACAGACCUUCUUCCAGAAGAUCCCAUACUUCGGCGACUACUGGGUUCACACACUCGACCCAGAAGACUCUCCUCAGUAA